AUGGAGAGAGAAGUUUUGGACAUGAAUCAGUCUGGAAAUGGAAAUGAAGUUGAGAAUGAGGAGUCCAUGUCAAAUGCAGAUCUUGAGAAUAUUGUUGGUGUUGGAGACAGCUCUGAGUUAGAGGUACUCUUGUGUAUGAGAAUAUUAUGUGCAUGGAGCUUGUGCAUGCACAUAGCAGGUGACUUACUUGACAAUGGUUCUGAUUUAGGAAAUGGAUCCUCCCAGUACACUCCAAUGAGGGAGCUUGUCGUCUAUUUGAAUGUUUUUUCAGGCGAUGCUACAAUAGAAUUUCCAAGCACACUUCAAAUGGCCAGAGGAGGAGUAGAUUAUGCUUUUGAAGAUUCUGGCAGAUGCUAUGGGACUUGGGAAGACCAUUAUGACCAUAUCCCUCCUACUCACUUAUUCAGACGGGUGGAUCGUCAAAUGGUCAAUCUGGGAGUCAGCCUUGCACUGGAGGCAGAGUUAGAAACUCAUGCACAACCUGGUUCUCUGUCCAUUUAUGUUCAUUAUGGACAAAGUAGAGUGAAGGAUGCAAAUUUUCUCGCCCAGAGUAAUGUUGUAAUAACCACGUAUGGAGUGUUAGCCUCAGAUUCUUCAGCAGAGAAUGCUGAAGAGAAUGCGGGACUAUAUUCAGUUCAUUGGUUUAGAGUGGUUCUUGAUGAGGCCCAUACCAUAAAAUCCUCAAAAAGUCAAAUUUCAGUUGCUGCUGCUGCUCUGCUUGUACUUAAUUGCAUUAUUGGUGAUGGUGAUGGAAACUUUAGUGACCAGGCUGCUGCUCUUCCUGGCAUUUCCUUUCCUGGCAGUGCAAUUCAAGAACCUUUCUAG